AAUAAGGUCGCGCGCACCGCCGUAACCGUGGCGUCAUCAUUACGUUGCUCGAGAGGAACAGUAAGUGUUUGACUCAGCAUACGGACUCCGACAGUCUGACCUGUAGUAGCAAUAAAACAUCAUAUCCAGGAUCAAGUGAACGCUGCACGCAGGAACGCGCUCGUGAAGCUUCAUCGACGACAUCUGAUACCGCUACCUUCCGCUAAACCAAAGGUGGGUACUCCUGCGUGAAGAUGAGCUACGAAAAUCCUCCACCAUACACAGGUCCGGGUGCCCCUGUUCCAGGUUACCCUCCUGCCAAUGCUCCUGGAUACCCACCUCAGGGUUACCCGCCUCAGGGUUACCCACCUCAGGGCUACCCCGCUCAGCAAGGACCAUACCCUAACUACCCUGCCGCACCACCAGGGUCGUACCCUGUCCAACCUGGCUAUCAGGGAUAUCCACCUCAACCAGGGUAUGGAGGACCAGUGUAUGGGGAGGCUCCCAAAAACACAGUGUACGUCGUGGAACAAGGUCGGCGAGACGAUUCGGGAGAGCAGGCGUGUCUGACCGCGUGCUGGACGGCUCUGUGCUGCUGCUGUCUCUGGGACAUGUUGACCUAAUCUGUCUUCAGCCAAGCUCUCAUCUAUAAAGACCUUUUCCCUCUGUAUUUAUGUAUGACUACUGCAAAAACAAUGAUCCAAUGAAAGAAAGAGCGAUGUAUGUUUGUUUCAGGGAUUUUACAUGUUCCAGUUCGGAUUACUUCUUUUCACAACUUCAGUAAAUUCAAUGCUAUGCACUGAGACAUUUAUAGAAAUGCAAUCCUAGUUCUAGACAUAUAUAAACUGAGCUGUUUUUAUUUUCUCUUUUAUGUAGCCACAAAGCAAGUGCAUUGCUAGAAUUCAAAUUGUCUACAGACAUGAAGACAUACUAUAGAAAUGAAGGAACAUGGUUGAUGAAUGCAUGUUUGAUGUGAACAUGGUUGAUGAAUGCAUGUUUUUGUUCAGUUUAAAGUAAAGUGUUUCGGGGGGGUGUUGAGGAAAAUACUGUCAGAAUGAAGAUUUCUACUUAUUAAUGUAUACUAAAUAAAAGCCACAAUUUUUUGA